AUGGCGUCCGAUGGAAACGAUAUCGCCUCCUCUAUGAAUCAAGCAAAGAUCAACGUGACAUUGUCUGCAUCUUCGACACUGUCUAUCAGCGAUCCCAAGGCAGAACUUCAGUUUAUACUGAACCUCCAAAUAGUCACGUCGGCACGGGAGGGCCAUCCGAUUACUAUCUGUACCGAUUUGUCUGCCUUUGAUGUUCUGGAUGAAGGAUGUGGCCUAAUCGAUGUGCUUGCUCGCGGUGCUUUUGGGACACUUCGUAGCGUCUCUGGCGAUGCUACUAAGAAUAUCUCACUUGGUUACUUCCACGUACAAUAUUUUACUGAUAGUACAUCUUCAGACCUGAAGGAGCGUGAUAAGCGGUUUGUCACAAUUCCUGGUGACGGAUCCCCCGUAACGGUUGUCCAUAGGCUAAGCUGGGAACGCAUCUUCAAAUACGCAGAUAGACGUAAAAGGGAUGACCUAAUUCCAGGGGAGAGAUUCAAAAUCGCCAUAAACAAGCGCUUCCUCAGGUCUAACUGGUGGUGUUGGGGCGACCUCGAGUCGGACCUGAAGAACAAGCAUUUGCAUAUCUGGCACGCCGGUCGCUAUACGGGGCCGAAGCCAGACGAUGACGAGUUCAAGGAUGGAAGUUGGGUUUUCGGCGAGGAUCCGCAGUUGUUGACCUGGGAAGAUGUCACUGAGGGUCGAGAUGUGAGUUUUGAGAUAGUUGAAUAG